CCAGCUUCCUCUCCUUUCUCAUUCUUUCACAUUCUCUCUCCUUCCUUUCUCUUUCCUCUCCAGUCUUUCGCAAAUCCCCACUUUUGCAACGCCUCCCUUCUUUCUUUUUCUCCCAUCGUUUCGCCGCCACACUUUCUAUGUUCUUCUCACUCUCUUAUUUUCUCUCUCCUCUCAACUAAAUCAAAUUUCACUUCGAUUUCUAGGGUUUUUUCCGACGACGCUUUUUUCCCCCCUUUUUCGAGCUGGAUUCUCUCUCCUCUCUUCAACUCAUCUCUAUGCGUCGCUGGUGUACUGGUUUCGUUGAUUGAGCUCAUACAAAAACUAUACAAUUGAUUAUAUAUUAUAUAGUAUAGUAUAUUAUAGUAUCGUUUUGAUUAUAUUAUACUAAUUUAGGGCAAGAAAAGAAGGAAAAAGAGAGCUAUUUUAGUUUAAUUUCUUUGAUUGCAUUUCUUUUAUGUAAAUAAUUUUUGUUUUUUUGGUUUUUUUUUGGAAUUGGAUUGGUAAAAGAGGGGGGAGGGGGAUAUUUGGGUGUUUGAUUUGGAUGGCAUUGGGUGAUUUGAUGGCCACUAGGUUUGCACAUUCUACAGUUGUGGUGUCUAAUCAUUUGGAUGAGUAUUUGAGCCGUGAUGAUGUUGAGUUGUAUCGAAAUCGAGACAAUUCGGAGACCGCUAGCACGAGUGGUGGUGGUGGUGGCAAUGUUAUUGAGAAUGCCAUUACAACGUUGGCUACUGUUGCAGGGACUACUAAUACUACUACCACUGCUACUACUAUGGUGUAUUUUCCGCAAACGAUUGUGUUCUGUGAGCUUCGUCAUGAAGCUUUCGAGGAUUCUGUUCCCACUGGCCCUGCUGAGAGUGGGUUGGUUUCGAAAUGGCGGCCUAGGGACAGAAUGAAGACGGGAAUGGUAGCUCUUGUUUUAUGUUUAAAUAUCAGCUGUGACCCGCCGGAUGUUAUUAAGAUAUCUCCGUGUGCGAGGCUGGAGUGCUGGAUAGACCCAUUGGCCAUGGCACCUCAAAAAGCACUGGAAGCUAUUGGUAAGGCCCUGAGUUCGCAGUAUGAAAGAUGGCAGCCCAAGGCUCGGUAUAAGUACCAACUUGAUCCAACUGUAGAAGAAGUGAAGAGACUAUGUAAUACUUGUCGUAAAUUUGCAAAGACCGAGAGAGUUUUGUUUCACUACAAUGGACAUGGAGUGCCAAAACCAACGACGAAUGGUGAAAUCUGGCUUUUCAAUAGGAGUUAUACUCAGUACAUCCCCUUGCCAAUCACUGAGUUGGAUUCCUGGCUAAAAUCACCCUCGAUCUAUGUGUUUGAUUGUUCUGCUGCUGGAAAUAUAGUCAAUGCUUUCAUAGAGCUUAUUGAUGCUUCUGCUUCGUCUGGUGCUACAAAGGAUUGCAUUCUGCUUGCAGCUUGUGAAGCUCAUGAGACGCUCCCUCAGAGCGCGGAGUUUCCUGCUGAUGUUUUCACUUCUUGCCUGACAACACCCAUCCAGAUGGCCUUGAGAUGGUUCUGCAAGCGUUCAUUGCUUCGUGAAUCUCUAGACAAUUCACUCAUAGACAAAAUUCCUGGUCGCCCAAAUGAUCGUAAGACACUUUUAGGUGAACUUAAUUGGAUUUUUACUGCAGUGACAGACACAAUUGCUUGGAAUGUUCUCCCACAUGAUCUUUUUCAGAGGUUAUUCAGACAAGAUUUAUUAGUUGCUAGUCUGUUUCGCAACUUUUUACUGGCGGAGAGAAUAAUGCGUUCAGCUAACUGCUCUCCAAUUUCGUACCCGAUGUUGCCUCCAACUCAUCAGCAUCAUAUGUGGGAUGCGUGGGACAUGGCUGCUGAGAUUUGUCUUUCUCAACUUCCAUCACUGAUUCAUGAUGCAACUGCAGAGUUCCAGCCUAGCCCUUUCUUCACUGAGCAGUUGACUGCAUUUGAAGUAUGGCUUGACCAUGGAUCUGAGCAGAAGAAGCCGCCGGAGCAGUUGCCUAUUGUUCUUCAGGUUUUACUUAGUCAAUGUCACCGUUUCCGGGCUCUGGUGCUUCUUGGGAGAUUCCUUGAUAUGGGACCCUGGGCUGUUGACCUGGCGUUGUCUGUUGGUAUAUUUCCUUAUGUUCUUAAGCUGUUGCAAACUACAACACCUGAACUGCGGCAAAUUCUUGUUUUCAUUUGGACAAAGAUACUUGCUCUUGAUAAGUCAUGCCAGGUUGAUCUAGUGAAGGAUGGAGGUCAUGCAUAUUUUAUUAGAUUUCUUGACAGCUCGGAAGCCUAUCCUGAACAGCGUGCUAUGGCUGCAUUUGUCUUAGCGGUCAUUGUAGAUGGGCAUAAAAGGGGACAAGAGGCUUGUAUUGAAGCUGGUUUACUCGAUGUGUGCCUUAAGCACCUUCAAGCUUCAACGCCAAAUGAUGCUCAGUCUGAACCUUUAUUUCUUCAGUGGCUUUGUCUCUGUUUAGGAAAGAUAUGGGAGGACUUUACCGAGGCUCAGAUAGUAGGUUUACAGGCAGGUGCUGCGGUGAUAUCAGCAUCUCUGCUCACUGAGCCCCAGCCUGAGGUAAGAGCCUCUGCUGUCUAUGCAUUGGGAACUUUACUUGGUGUUGGAUUCGACUCUUCAGGAGAUGGAGGGGAUGAAGACUGUGAUGAUGAUGAAAAGCUAAAAGCUGAAAUUAGUAUUAUUAAGAACCUUCUAAAUGUUGUUUCAGAUGGAAGUCCUCUCGUCAGGGCUGAGGUUGCAGUGGCUUUAGCUCGAUUUGCUUUUGGCCAAAAUAGGCAUCUCAAAUCUGUUGCUGCCACAUAUUGGAGAUCUCAGCCAAGCUCUGGACUCAGUACUUUGCAUGUUAAUAGUACAGGUAGUGGUUAUAGUACUCCGAACCACUAUAUGCCUGCAGGAAGUAUUAUUUCUUCUCAAAUUGGUCCUCUGUUGAGAGUCGGUGGUGACAGCACUCCAGGUAUUCGAGAUGGGAGAGUCUCCACAAGUAGUCCACUGGCUACUGCUGGAAUAAUGCAUGGAUCUCCUCUGUCAGAUGAUUCUUCUCAACAUUCUGAUUCUGGUGCAUCAAAUGAUGCUGUUGGCAAUGGAAUUUUGAACCAUGCUAGGCCCAGACCUGUUGAUAGUAGUUUUUAUCUGGAGUGUAUAUUUUCCAUGUGUACAUUAGCAAAGGACCCAUCGCCUCGUGUUGCAAGACUUGGGCGGAGAGUUCUCUCUAUUAUUGGAAUCGAACAAGUUGUUGCAAGACCCAUAAGGUCCUCAACGAUCGGUGGUCGGCCAGGUGAACCUACUAAUUCUGCUGGUGUGAGGCUUGCUGGACUAGCUCGUUCGUCAUCAUGGUUUGAUAUGAGCUCAGGUCAUCUCCCAUUGACAUUUAGAACUCCACCUGUUAGCCCUCCCAGAGCAAGUUACUUGACGGGAAUAAGAAGAGUUUCUUCCUUGGAGUUCCGACCACACCUGCUUAGUUCUCCAGAUUCAGGGUUAGCGGAUCCACUUAUAGGUUAUGGUGGAUCUACUGGCCAUACUGAGCGCAGUCUUCUUCCACGAUCAACCAUAUAUAAUUGGAGCUGUGGGCAUUUUUCAAAACCUCUUCUUACUGCAGCAGAUGAUAGUGAAGAACUAAUAGCGAAAAGGGAAGCGAAGGAAAGAUCUGGCUUGGACCUCAUAGUGAAAUGCCAGCACUAUUCUGUUAGCAAGCUUAACAAUCAGAUUGCAAGCUGGGAUACCAGAUUUGAGACUGGUACAAAAACUACCCUGCUACAACCAUUUUCUCCUGUUGUGGUUGCCGCAGAUGAUAAAGAACGGAUUAGGGUUUGGAACUACGAGGAACCAACCCUCUUGAAUAGCUUUGACAAUCAUGAGUUUCCUGAUAAGGGAAUUUCUAAGCUCUGCCUUUUGAAUGAACUUGAUGAUAGCUUGCUUCUUGUUGCUUCUGGUGAUGGAAAUGUUCGGAUAUGGAAAGACUACAUGCAAAGGGGUAAACAGAAGCUCGUGACCGCCUUCUCUGCUAUACCUGUUCAUGGGCCUGCUGCUCGAAAUGUGAAUGCUGUUGUGGAUUGGCAACAACAGUCUGGACACCUAUUUGUGGCUGGGGAUGUACCUACAAUUAAGGUCUGGGAUCUUGACAAAGAACUGCUUGUGCAUUCCAUUCCUUCAUCUCCUGAUAGCAGCAUAUCAGCACUGGCUGCUUCUCAAGUUCAUGGAGGCCAAUUUGCUGCUGGGUUUGUUGAUGGCUCUGUCAGACUCUUUGACAUCAGAACUCGUGAAAUGCUUGUUUGUGCUACCCGGCCGCAUACCCAAAGAGUCGAAAGAGUUGUAGGAAUUGGCUUUCAACCAGGGCUAGAUGUGGCUAAGAUUGUCAGUGCAUCUCAGGCUGGUGACAUUCAGUUCCUAGAUAUUAGAAAUCACAGCGAUGCAUACCUCACAAUUGAUGCCCAUAGGGGCUCACUCACAGCCUUAGCAGUUCAUCGGCAUGCUCCAAUCAUAGCCAGUGGCUCUGCAAAGCAGCUUAUUAAAGUCUUCAGUUUAGAAGGCGAGCAACUCGGUACCAUUCGCUACCAUCCAACAUUCAUGGCUCAGAAGAUUGGACCCGUGAGCUGUCUUGCAUUCCAUCCGUAUCAAGUGCUGCUCGCUGCUGGUGCUGCCGAUCCUUUUGUCACCUUAUAUGCCGAUGACAAUAAUCCCACAAGAUAAAAAUGUUUACUAGCUAAAGCCGAAGGCUAUUGCUUUGUUUAAGAUUCAACAUGGUGAUAUGAUUGAGAUUUAUGUCGAAGUUGCAAUGACGUGGGAUAUUCAGGAGAUGUUGUCGGGGUUGAUGAUGUUACUAUGAUGUCAUACCGAGCGAGUAUAAUGGAGUUGUGAUGGUUGGCUUUUGGAGUUGGGAUUUUUAUGCUGCACAUUCAUUAGCCCCCCUGUGUAAAUUUCAAGCCAGUUGGGAGAAGAAUCCAUUAAAUUCCAGGGAGGCUUUGGCUAAUAAGUUUGCUAUAUAGGUAACGACGUUGUAAAUAUAUAAUUGCCUUGUGUCUUUGUCCAUCUUUUACUAGUCUUAAGAGGGAGGGGUUUUGUGAUGUUUUUCUUUCCAUUUGUUUCAAAUUUGUAGCAUUUUACGAGCAAGCGUUAAUAGGGGAUGUGAAUUUGGGUGAUUGACCCAAAAGGUUCAGGUGAUGGAGGGGUGUUGAUGCCAUAUUUAUGCUUGUAUUAGCUGAUUAAUGGGUGCUAUAGUGCUAGAGAGAUGUUUAAUAUCCAACAUUGAUGAUCUUGUACAUAGAAUUUUUUUAAUUGUGAAUUACUUAACUGUAACAAGCGUGUAUCAUUAUUUCUUCAGAA